AAAUAAAAGGGGGAAGACAAAGCUCCUGUGUAUGCAAGCGUGAGUGUGUGUUAAAAAGUCGUCCGCCUCCUCCCUCUUUUCCACUUUACCCUCUCUCAAGAAACCCCCCUUUCCAGUAGCCUUUUGUGUUCACUGUGCCCUAUACAGCUACUGCAUUCCUUUUCCGUGUAUUAUCCGCCUCAUUCGAAAGCUCUGUGUUGGAGAUUUCCAUGAGAGAGUGGCUCCAGAAUCCCAUAACAAUUGCGAGGAAAUUUCCAACCUCCACUUCUGAGACUUGCUACGUUGAGGAAAUAGUGUCCCCGGCUCCAUUCAUACUUUUAUCCGUUCACUUACCUUCACGAACAAGGUGAAGUGAACACAAAGAUAUUUUGUAAAAGCGUGAAAUGGAUUAAGUGCCAUUGAGGAAAGCUGGAGCCCCAAAGACGAACGAAGCGAAGGAGACGGGGUCGGAGGGAGUCGAUGAAUUUUCAACACCAAAGAGAUUUUACUCGACCAAACCCCAAAAUGAUGUCUCCUAAAGACAAGCCCAAGAAGAAGCCACCCAAAGACAGCAUGACGUUGCUGCCUUGUUUCUAUUUUGUGGAGCUGCCAAUAGUGGUUUCCUCCAUGAUCUCUCUUUACUUCUUGGAGCUGACAGACGUUUUUCAACCGGCCAAAUUAGGGUUCCGUUGCCAUGACCGCACACUGAGUAUGCCCUAUGUGGAAACGGGAGACGAGCUCAUCCCUCUGCUCAUGCUGCUCAGCCUGGCCUUCGCUGGGCCUGCAGCGUCUAUCAUGCUGGGAGAGGCCUUGAUGUACUGCAUGCAGUCCAAGCUGAAGAUUCGUUCUGGUUCAGAAAGCAGUAUAAACGCAGGAGGUUGCAACUUCAACUCCUUCUUACGCAGGACAGUGCGCUUUGUGGGUGUUCAUGUGUUUGGGCUCUGUGCCACCGCACUGGUGACUGACGUUAUUCAACUGGCCACUGGCUACCAUGCACCCUUCUUCCUCACCGUGUGCAAACCCAACUACACCCUGCCUGGUGUGGCCUGUGAUAAAAACCUCUACAUAACCCAGGACAUCUGCUCUGGCCGGGACCAGUAUGCCAUCCUGUCAGCUAGGAAAACUUUCCCUUCCCAGCACGCCACUCUGUCUGGCUUUGCAGCCGUUUACAUAUCCAUGUACUUCAAUGCAACCAUCUCAGACAGCACCAAACUGUUAAAGCCUGUGCUGGUGUUUGCAUUCGCCAUGGCUGCAGCCCUAGCCAGCUUGACCCAGAUCACCCAGUAUCGAAGUCACCCUAUUGACGUCUAUGUGGGCUUUGUGAUUGGAGCUGGCAUUGCUGUUUAUCUAGCAUUAUAUGCAGUUGGGAACUUUAAGUCCAAAGAAGAGUCCUCCCCUAGGCCAUUGAAGCAGACCCAUCCACCACAAAAAGAUCCUUUAAGAGAACUGACCCAGCGUGGCCAUGACUCAGUGUACCAAAAGGCCCAUGCUUCUGAGAGCAACGAUGAACUCUCUGCACCGCCACACGUCGCUGGCCUGAACCAUAAGGUGCGCCGAGAAAAGGCCUCCAUGGGCAGCCUGAAGAGAGCUAGUGCAGAUGUGGAGCUCCUGGCUCCUCGCAGCCCAAUGGGUAAGGAGACCAUGGUGACCUUCAGUAACACGCUUCCUCGUGCCAAUACCAAUGCAAUGGAGGAGUCUGCCCAGCGUCACAUGACUUUUCAUGUGCCAAUGGACCCUCAGCAUUCUAAACAGCUGGUGUCUGAAUGGAAGCAGAAGUCUAUGGAAAUGCACAGCCUUAGCCUGAGGGACGAUGAGGAGGAAGGAGCUACUGCAGAGGGAGGUGAUGGAGUCGAGGGGGAAGCUGAAGAUGAGCUGGGCAUGCCAUCCUCCCUUUAUCCAACUGUGCAAUCAACCAGGGGAUCAGCAGCCGCAGCAACGGCAGCAGGGAGUGCCAGGGUGAUGAUGCCUCCGAGGCCUGGUGCACCGCAGUUGGUUCAUAUCCCUGAGGAAGCCACCAGACCGCCUCCAGUUUCACCUAAAAGUGCAACCACACGGGCUAAAUGGCUGUCCAUGACAGAGAAGGGAGGUCUGGUACCAGUUGCCACCCCAGAACCUCCCAGACUGCCCAGCCAGCCUCGGGUUAUGCAGGUCAUUGCGAUGUCUAAGCAACAUGGUCUAAUAACAGUUACCACGCCAAAGUCCUCAGAAACGGCCUCCUCUUGUGCCACAUCCAGCACAGGCUCAGAGUCUCCAUAUUACCACAUCCCCUCAGACCGAGACAGCGCCAGCAUUGUCACAGUUGACGCUCAUGCCCCUCACCACACAUUGGUGCGCCUGUCUUCAGGCAAUGGGAACACAUGGGAUUGGAGGAGCACCUCCAAUGGCAGCACAGAGGUCCAUGAGACCAGCCGAACACUGCCCAGGCAGGACUGCCUACGUGAUUAUCGUCCCAUCAAAACCAACUCCCUCUGCUCCUCAACCAGUGAGCUGGACCCAGGGAUUCUGCCUCCCCCACCCCACCCCGACCUGCUCUUGGACAGCAGCCUCAGCCGAGAUUCGUCCCUUCACUGUAAGUCUUCAAUCUCAGCUAAAGAGUGGGAGCCUGGGCAGCCCCACCCAGAACCUGACCACUUCUUUAAAAACAUGCAAACAAACAGACAAUUUAAAGACUAAGUAUGGUACAGUAGGCUAAAACAGGAACACUACAGACUUCUUUUAGGAGAAAUCCAAUGUGAAGGUUUUUUUUUUCCGUGGAUGGUGAGAGAAGACUUCUUGGCUUCUUGGUUAUCUCACAUUGAGCAUCUGGGGUGAAUUAGUGCAGUGGAGCACCAGAAGGCUCACACAGACUUGAGGGGCAAUUGAGUCUAUAUGCACAAUCUGUGAGGAAUGCUGCCCCACAAACAUGAUUAUCCCAACUGACUUUAAAAAUCAAGCUGUAAUUAAUAAAUGUUUCUAGCGUUUCUGUUUUCCACCAUUUUCAUAAAAUUGAAAGUGCAGGAAAAUUUGCCUGCCUCUAUCAAGAUCAAACUCAUAUUGUGAUUUCUUAUAGUCCAGACAACUUCCAACCAUAUUUAUAUUUUUUUAUUUCCACACAAGGAAUUAGAUCUUAUUGUUCAAAAGGAACUCAUGUUGCUUUUCUCUUAUGACUUGCCAAUACAAAAGAACAGAGACCAUUUUUAGUGUAGAUUAGAAACAUGGACAGAUAAGCAAUCACAUCACAUCACUUUUCUGUAAGUCCUAAAUGAACGCUUUUUGACAUGUAUGGAAUAGUAUGUAGGCCUAGUCACUUUAUCCUUUUUAUACUAAAAUAUGAUGUACUCAUGCUUGUUUGUGUGUUGCAUGUGUGGAUAUUUAUGUGUCUUCUUGACCUUGGAUGGACUGUUACAUCAGCAGGGAUUUCCGCUUUCAAUUUGCAGCCCAAUGUUUUUGUAACAAACUUUGAAAAAUAAAAUU